AUGGCGCCCGUGACUGAUUGUAUGAAGCAUAAUAUUUUCAAAUGGACUGAAACUGCAGAGAAGAGCUUUCAAACCAUAAAGAAAGCUAUGACUGAAGCACCAUUAUUAAUUCUACCAGAUUACCAAAAGGUUUUUGAGGUAGAUUGUGAUGCAUCCAAAGUUGGGAUUGGAGCUGUUCUUAGCCAGGAGGGGAGACCAGUUGCCUUCUUUAGUGAAAAACUCAAUGACACUAGACAACGCUACUCUACUUAUGAUAUUGAGUUUUAUGCCAUUAUGCAAUCUCUUAGACAAUGGAGGCAAUAUCUGAUCUACAAGGAAUUUAUCCUUUACUCUGAUCAUGAAGCAUUGAGAUUUAUCAAUGGGCAACACAAAUUGAAUCGGAGACAUGCCAGAUGGGUGGAAGAAUUGCAGGAGUACAAUUUUGUGAUUAAACACAAGGCUGGAAUCCACAAUAGAGUAGCAGAUGCUUUAAGUCGCAAGGUGGCCUUAUUAUCUGUCAUGCAAAUUAGAGUGGAGGGCUUUGAGCAAGUGCAGGAGUUAUAUAAAGGAGACAAAGAAUUUGGUGAAAUCUGGUCCGAAUGUGUGCACAAUAAUUCAGUACAAGAUUACCAUAUUCAAGAUGGAUAUUUAUUCAAGGGGAGCAAAUUAUGCAUUCCUGAUUGUUCUUUACGGUUAUGGAUAAUUGAGGAGCAACAUGGGGGAGGCCUUGGAGGACACUUUGGGCGAGACAAAACAAUUGAUCUUGUUGAGAACAAAUUUCAUUGGCCCAAGUUGCGAAGAGAUGUGGAGAGAUACGUACAAAGAUGUAGGACUUGCCACGUGGCCAAGAGUCGUAGUCAGAACACGGGGCUUAUAUUCCUUUGCCAGAGCCACGGGCACCGUGGGAAGACAUUAGCAUGGAUUUCGUUGUUGGCCUUCCAAAGACAAAACAAGGAUUUGAUUCAGUCAUGGUAG